AGCAAGUGAUGUCUCCUUCUAACAAAGAAGAGGUGGAUGGACGCUGACAUGGAUGCAGUGAAAGCUAAUUCUUCUAUGGAAAUGGGGGAAUUGAGAAAAGAAGGUGAAGAAGAUGAAUUUGAAAUUUGUGUUGAUGAGAAAGAGAAAACGAGAGUAAAUGCUGCCACUGCUGAAUCUGCUAGAGCUAGACAGCUUAUUCCUAAGCAAAUUCAUUGCUUCUAUUUCGUCAAGUUUCGAUCCUAUGAAGAAAUGAAUUUGAAUUUCAGAUUUGAAGAUCAAGCUCAAGCUCGGGUCACCAAAGAUUUACAACAAAAGAAGUUAGAACGAGAUCAUAUUAUUUCAGAGUUAAAACAUGGACCAUGUAAGUACUCCACAGAGAGGUUGGCUUGUAAGAGGUCGGAAUUGAAGCAUUAUGAAGGUGCCCUGGACCAGAUUCUUCCUAGUCAUUCCAAGAUUACAAGCGAAGGGAAGAGACCGAAAGAGAAGAGGUUUCAUUCUAUGAUGCAACAUGGGAGCAAGAGUUUAGCAGAGGAGAAGAAGAUCCUAAGAGAUAUAAAGCAGAUGGAAGCAGCAAUUGAAGAUGAUGCUUUGAAGCCACAGAUUCCAUAUUAUUUAGGUUCCAAAGAAGAUAUACAAAACUAUAUACAACAUAUUCGCAAUGAAAUAGAUGGACUUCAGAAGGAACAUUUGGCUUUUUUGGCUUAUGUCAAGCUUCUUAAGAGAAAACUAGACGUGGCAGAAAAAUAUAUUGUUUGUUUGGAGAGAAAAUUGGCAGAUAUAAUUCGAAUUCAAGAUGCAGCAUUCAAAUUCAUUCUUCAGCUUAGAAAGAAUGAAAUGGUACGUAAUAAUGCACACUUCAACCAAUAUCUCUCACUCUUGAAGAAAGCAGAAGAAGUGAGAAGAAAUAAAGAUGUUGCAGCUCUUAAGGAAUUGUCUAAUACUCAGGUAGAGAAAUUUAUGUCUCAAUGGAACAACAAUAAAGCUUUCAGGGACGAUCAUGCGAAGACAAUUUUGCCAAUCGCCAGUCAUGAAGCAAAGGCUAUAGAAUUUUGGCACACCAUUAAAGCUUUCAGGGAUUGAUUUGUUCGAUUGCGUGUUUUUAUUUUUACACGUGGUGCACACGCGAUGUGCAUAUUAAGAUUUGUAAUUUAUGAAUAAAGAAGAUGAAUAGAAAUCUUUAGUGUCAUUCAAAAAUUAGAUUCAGUUUUCAAACUAUAAAACUUCUAAGA